AUGUUGGAGAUGAUCCACAAUUUUCUAUUUGUGAUUUCACAGAUAAAAUUGAAGAACUUACUCGAUUUGUUAGUAAUUUAAAAGCAAUUGGUGGUGAUGAUUUACCUGAAGAUGUACUUGGUGCUCUUCGUACAUGUUUAGCAUUACCAAGUUGGAAAGCAAAAAAUGCUCGUUUUAUUGUUUUAAUUACAGAUGCACCAGGUCAUGGAGAAUUGAAUGAUCAAUUUACUGAUAGAUUUCCACAGGGAGUUGGUACACGUACAUUUGAAGAAAUUUGUGACCGUCUUCUUACAAAAACUGUUGAAACUGAUUUGAUAUUCUGUUGUAUUAAAAAAGAUGCGACAAAGAAAAUGACUGAAGCUUUUUAUAAUUAUUAUCAAAAGAAAAAAGAACAAACAGAUAAAACAUUUACUGUUGUAUAUCCAUUUACAGAUGACGAACCAGGAAUACAUUCAUAUCAUUUUGUUUUUGUACUCGAUGGAUCAAGUACAAUGAGUUGUCAUUGGAAUGUCUUAGAAAAAGCUUAUGUGGAAUUUUUGGAAAGUCGUAAAAGAAAUCAAGGUGUGGAUGAUAUUUUUAGUGUCGUUCAAUUUAGUAGUAAAGCAAAAAUUGUUUAUCAACGAAAACAGUUUUCUGAUGCUCCUCGUACAAUUGAACAAUUACAUGGUGGUACAAAUUAUAAUAUUGCUUUAGAAGAAGCAGAGAAAGUUAUUGAAGCUGAUUCAACAAAAUCAUCAGUUGUGAUGAUUUUCAUGUCAGAUGGAAUAGAUUUAUUAAAUAACAAUCCAGCAGCACUCAUAGCUCAUCUCAAGAGCAAAUACGAAAAAGAUCACAGAUUUAUUUGUCAUACUGUUGCUUUUGGUGAUGAACUUGUUGGAAAAGAUGGAAAAACUGAUUUAUUAAAAGCUAUGGCAGAAGCUGGCGGUGGUCAACUUUAUACAGCAUUGAAUGAUAAUCAGUUAAUAAAUGCUUUUGUCAUGAUCAGUACAAAUAAUAAGGCGACAGAGACACUUAUUAAACUUUUCUCAGACACUCUUACUGAGACAAUGAGAGAGCAAAUCAUGCUUGACUUUCUUUAA